AAGAACUUACAUCUUUAUGAUAAAAUUGUUGGAGAGUUAACUGCAAAAAGUCAUCAAACAUAUCAAAUAAUUUUUGAAGAAAUUGGAAAUGUAAUUGUAGAUAUUCUUACUGAUAACCUACAAUAUGAAAAAGAAACCAUCUUAAAUAGAGAAGAAGAACAACCAACAGUUGAAGAAUUGUUACCAGUUUUCAAGAAACUUUCUGAUAAUAGUGAAAGUAACUUAGAAAAGGAAGAGAAAAAUGAUAAUAUGAAUGUAAUUGACCUUAGUACUACAGUAAACUGCUAA